AUGUCUGAUGAAGAAGUAGAUGAUUUAUUUAAUGAUGAUUUAAAUAAUCAAGAAGAAGUAGAAGUAGAAGAAGAAGAAGAAGAAGAAAAAGAAGAAGAAGAAGAAGAAAAAGAAGAAGAAAAAGAAAAAGAAGAAGAAGAAGAUGUUGAUCACGGUACACAUGAAGAAAUUCCUAAAAAAAUACUUGAAUUAUCAAUUCCUAGACAUGCAACUCAAUUUUCAAAUUCUGAACCAACUAGAUUUCUUAAAAAACCAAAAUUCUUACGUGCUUCGUUACAUGCUUUUGAUCCAACAAAUUUCAAAAACUCUUUAGUUGAAUCAUCAAAACGAAGAGAAUCAGAAAAUGCUACUGAAAAGGAAAUUUAUAAUGAAUUAUUAGCUGAAAAAUUAUUCAAUAUUAAUACUAUAAGGUGGAGAUAUCAUUCAAUUAAUAAUGAUGAAGUUAUUAAACAAAGUAAUUGUAAUUUUAUACAAUGGGAUGAUGGUUCAAUAUCUUUAAAAAUUGGAAAUGAAACUUUUGAUUUGAAAGAAUUUAAAUUAAAUGAUAAUUUAUUAGUUAAAUCAUUACCAGAUUUUGAAAUAUUACAAAAUGUUUCAAUAAUUGAAAAAAAUGUUAUAUUAAUGCCUGCAUCUGAUAUAAAUAAAAAAUUAAAUACAAUUACUAGUCAAAUUAAAAAGAAAGAUAAAAUUUAUUCAGUUAAAACAGAAGUUGAUCCAUUAAAACAUCAACAAGAAAUGUUGAUGAAAGAGCAACAAAUUAUGAAGAUGAGGAGACAGCAAAAGAGGAAACAAGAAGAACAAUUGGAGAAAUCUGGUUCUGGUUCUGGUUUUGCUGGUGGUUCAAGAUUCCAAGAUACAUAUGUAAGAGAUGAAGAAGAAGAAGAAGAAGAGGAAGAAGGUUAUGAAGAUGAUUUUGUAGUUGACGAGGAAGAAGAAGAAGAACAAGAAGAAGAAUUAAUUGAUGAAGAUGAAGAAUUCGAUAAAGGUGCUGAAAGAUUAAGAAAAUUAAAAGAAGAAGGUGCAAAUAAGUAUAAAGAAGAUGAUAGGAAAAGAAGAAGAAUUAUAGAAGAUUCAGAUGAUGAAUAA